GCGGCUUUUAAAAAUACGGCGUAAAUUUUCCACGGCAGUAGAUCUAUUAUGUAUUGAUACAAACAUUGUAACCAAAAGUUUAGAAACAUUACCAGAUUUUUUUUAUCUUUAUACGCGGCUGAUGUGAAAGUUCUAGAGUGAAGUUUUGUUUCCAGCUUAUUUGGUGAGGACGUGUAUUCAAGGAAGUCCUGAGGUUGGAUCAUGGGGUAGGACUUUACAGAUGGGACAAGUGCUAUGUGAAGAGAUGAGGACUUGUGCCGAGGGGGCGGGGUAGCGGGACCGGAAGAUGUGUGUGACUUUCACCGUGGGGGAGAGGGGGAGGAAGGUGAUGGGACUGUCCACUACGGUCAUCAACAUAAUCCUGGUGUUUUUAAGUCUGGCACUCUUUGUGGCCGCCAUCGCCAUCAGGUUCAAGCUGGACCGGAAGCUGGAGCUGAUGAACGGGUACGACGCCGGCGCCCUCCCCUUCUACAUGAUGCUGACCGGCGGCUUCAUGUUCUUCGGCCACCUGGUGGCCAUCAAGUUCUGCUACGACGCCACCUACGCCAACACCAGGUCGGAGAAGCACCACCUGUUUCUGGGUCUCAUCUUCGUGGUCAUGGUCCUGGCCUUGUUCGUCUUCAUCGACAUCAUCAUCAUACUGGUGCAUUCUGGGAAGAUCAAGCGGUCUUUGGAAGAAGGGAUCGGAAUAUCGAUGAAAGCGUACAAGAGCGACUUGGAGCGGAAAGAGACGAUAGACAACCUUCAGCUGGAACACGAGUGUUGCGGGAUCAAAUCCUACAAGGACUGGUUCACCAUAGGCUGGGUCAACAUGAUGUACAUCAACACUGACAGCCCAGAGGUCAAACAGUACAUCGUGGGAGGUGAGUACAUCAAGGACGACGUGCCCUUCAGCUGCUGUAGUAAGAGCGCCAAGCGAGCCUGCGUCCACCACGGCGUCCUGACCUUCAAGAACCACCGCAACUACGACGGCAUCACCCUCAACAGCGUGGGCUGUGCUGACGUCAUCAUGGCCUACUUCAGCAACACGCUGGUGGCGCCGACAGCCACCCUCAUGUUCGUCAUCUUCAUUCUCCAGAUUGUAGACAUUGUCGUGAUGCGACUUCUGCAGACGUCUAUCCUAUCAGCAGACGAACUCAAUGACCCCGAGGCGCCAGCAGACGCCUAUUGCAUCAAGGGCCUUGGGGGUGGGUCAGACCUGCGCUCUCUGCUCAAGCGGAAGAAAGAUGAUGAUUCCGACGACGAAGGAUCCAAAAAGAAGAAGAAGAAAAAGAAAAAAGGAGACGACGAUGAUAGCGACGACAGCGAUAGCGAUGAUGACAGUGAACCGAAAGAGAAACGAUCCCGUGGUGGGGGCGGCGGGAGAGGGGGUGGGGGUGGGGGUGGUGGCGAUGAUGGAGGGGGAGAUGACGGCAGCGAUGAUGGCGGGGGCAAGAAGAGUAAAAAGGAUAAAAAGAAAUCCAAAGAGGAUAAGAAGAAGGAAAAAGAGGAAAAGAAGGAUGAAAAGAAAAAGAAGAAGGAAGAAAAGAAGAAGAAAAAGGAAGAGAAGAAAGAGAAGAAGAAAGGGAAAAAGGAGGAGAAAAAGAAGAAAAAGGCGGACAAGAAAGAAAAGAAGAAAGGCAAGAAAGAGGAGAAGAAAAAGAAGAAAGAGGAAAAGAAGAAGAAAAAGUCUGAGAAAAAGAAGGCUAAAAAGGAAAAGAAAAAAGAAAAGAAGGCUAAAAAACAGAAAAAACAAAAGAAACCGAAGAAACAAAAGAAACCGAAAAAGCCGAAAAAACCGAAGAAGCCGAAAAAACCGAAAAAGCCAAAGAAACCAAAAAAACCGAAGAAGGCAAAGGCUCCUAAAAGGAAAAAGUAGACCCUUAGUCUAUUCUGAAUAAUAGCAUUGGCAUGACUUGCCUUUAUUUACUUUUUAAUAAUUUAUUGUUUUGGAUCUUUUGCAUACAUUUCAGUAUUUCUAUCCUAUUCUUGUUACCUUUAUGGACACCACCUAAUUAUGUAUAUUUUGAAACGAGUAA